GUCUAUUCUGUUUGCCUGUCGCACUCUACAGGAAGCUGCUCGUUAGUGACAUGGCUGCCGCUCCAGAUACAAAGGGGGAAUUGCAAAAGGAAUUGGUUUGUGCUAUUUGCCUGGACUAUUUUGACGAUCCAGUCAUUUUAAAAUGCGGUCACAAUUUUUGCCGCAUGUGCAUUUUAAUGCAUUGGGAGGAAAACGGAGGAGACGAUAUCGGCUACCAGUGUCCAGAGUGUCGGAUGGUGUUUGGCAAAAUGAGCUUCACAAAGAACUACCUGGUGAAGAACCUGGUGGAUAAACUGAGUGAGUUUGAGUGUCUGAAGACAUGCAGGCCUCCUGCACCGGCAAAACCAGCCAAAACCGAUGGUAAAUGUGAGAGACACCAUGAGGAGCUAAAACUCUACUGCCACACGGACAGAAAGCCCAUCUGUGUGGUGUGCAGAGAGUCAAGAGAUCACAGGCUCCAUGAUGUUGCUCCUGUACCUGAAGUUGUUGAGGACAUGAAGGGAGGCCUAAAGCUGAGGCUCAUCAAACUAAACUGGCAGAAGUCCAUGUGUGGCCGAGUCAAAGCUACAGAUGAGCAAGCCAAAGCGGACAUCAAACUAAAGAAGCAGGCUCUGAAGGAAAAGAUUGAGGAUGAUGUGGGAGCACUGGUGCAGUUCCUGCUGGAUGAGAAGGACAGACUGUUGGAGAGGCUGGAGGCCGAGGAGGCAGCUACUGUAGCGCUGAUAGAUGAGAAUCUUAAACUGGUGGAAAGUGAGGCAGCUAAAGUAGACAAGGCCAUCGCAGAGAUUCAGAACCAGCUCAGCGAGGUAGCAAACUUUGAGUUAUCUUAUGGAUGUCUUUUUCAGUGCAUCAGCAAAGCAUAUUCAAGCCCCAGUCAUGUUAACCUUACAAUACAGGCGGUGAACUGUCCACCUGAUUUCACCGAGUUCACUGGACCCUUUCAGCUCAUCUUGUGGAAGAAGAUGAUGCAUGUGCUGCAUACAAUGCCACAGAACCUGACGUUGGACCUGGACACAGCACACCCGUCUUUGGCCAUUAGUGACUUCGACACAAAGGUGGAGGAGGGCCGAGCACGCUCGCACGAACCCGACCUACCACGCCGCUUCACUCGCUUCUUUGGUGUGUUGGCUACUGCGCAGUACUCCAGUGGCCAGCACUACUGGGAGGUAGACGUGAGGGACAAGGGAGUGUGGUACCUGGGUGUGACGACAACACGCAGCAACCGAAAGGGCUUCGUUAGUCUGUCACCGUCAGCUGGUUACUGGAGCCUGAGCCUACACGACCGCCUCUACGCCAAUGAAGAGGACGCACGCGUGCCUGUGGCUGAUUACUGGAGCUCUCCACGUGUCGGUGUCUUCCUUGACUAUGAGCGUGGCCACGUGGCUUUUUAUGACGCUGUCACCAUGAAGCGUGUCUAUAGCUUUGCAGCGUACUUUGACGAGCCUGUCUCGCCCUUCUUCAGCCCUGGCAAGAAUGACCCGGGCAGCCGCCUACAGAUCUGCCACUAUUACUGAGCAGAGACGCCAUUUUAGUGUUUUGAGAAGAAGUCCGUUGUAAGGGAAACUGGCUGCAGCUGUUCCCUGACUACUGGUAAUGGUGUGGAGGAGAAAAUGAGACUGGGGAGAAAGUGGUGCUGUGAGAAUGAAGCUCCUGUAAUAGAAAACUGCUACUUUCACUGUGGGUAAAUAAGAAAGAAAACAGCAUUCAUUGUACCUUCAAUCAGAAGUUUUCAUUCCUUUGCGUUCCUAGGCUGCCAUGGUGUGGCUCAGACUCGGAGGUUCUUCACGAUCUGUUCAUGUGAAUUAGGGAUUGUAAUACUCUACUAUGCCUGAUCUGAACAAGUUCUUAUUACUGUUGGAUUACGAUGUAGCCUUCUUGACAUUCAGGUCACGAUGCGCUGCAGGUUUUAAGCUGCUUUUAACAUCCCAUUUCAUCUCAGUGUUGUUCUGUGUCCCCUUCAAAUGUGAUCUUUGACGCAAUGGAGUUUAGAUCAGUAGGGUUCAGAAGUAGUUUGCUGUGAACUUUUAAAAAAGUUCUAGGGAUAUUUUAACUUUUUUUUUUUUCUUUUUAAUAAUGAAUUCCUCAUUUCAUAAUACUUAAAUAGCCCAGGGUUCUGAUAUUGCACAGGCUGCUAUGCAAGGUUUAGCCAUUUCCAUAAUAACUAUGUAAAUAAGGUUUCUUUCUAACCCCCACUCUUUUACAGCCCCAAACUGAUUUGCUGAAAUAAGGCCUGGCUCUGACUGCGAACUCGGCCAGCUUGGGAAAUGUGUGUAUUGCUUACGGGGAUAGGUGUGCUUAUUUGAAUGUGAUAUCUGAACUCAUUUUACUAUUUGUUUACAUAAUUAAGUGUUCAAAUAUAGCUUGUAUAAUCCAAAAUAAAAAUGAAUUACCCUGUGAUUUUUUUAUGAUUUUUUUUUUUUUUACUGUGCAUGUGCUAUAGAAAUACAAUCUGCAAUACAUGUCCAUAUAUACAAACCCAAGCAGCUUGUCACAUCAAACAAAAUGGCCACAUCUAAGCAGAGCUAUAUAUAAAAAUCCUGAUUUCUGUCCAAGCUGAGAGAUUUGUUUCUGCAGUGGGGUGUUAAUAGUACCUGUAGUCACUUUAUAUCUGAAUAUUCAAACACUAUUAGGCCUAUAUAAAUAUAUAAUGUGUGUCGAUCAAAAAGACCCUGUUUAAAACCAGGCUUCAUGUCCAGGUUAGCUUCAGCCAGGUACGUCAUUGUUACAAAUCUUAUUUUUUUCUGUUUUCCUAUUUUCAUUUCUUAUUCAUAACAAAAUGCUGAUAUUUGAACAGAAAAAGUGGUUAAAAUGCCUGUCCCUAGUUUUUCUGCAUUGAGCUGUGCAGAAGUGUUGGAUUAUUUUCACACUAAAAGACAUUAAACAGCAGUCCGACAGCCUGUGAUCUGUUUUUCUUCAGCGGACUAGCAGACAGAAAAGCGAUUGGAAAGAAGGCCUUAUUAAUAGCUAUUAUAUUUUUCAAAAAUGAACUCAUUUGUUGUGUUGUGGGUCUAACUGCUUGUAACUGCUUUGUCUGGAUGUUCUUCCCUUCUGUUAUAUAUGUAAUAAAUGUGUCAUAUCCAUGUUUAUUUUCAUUCUAUUGUUUUGUUUGUUUGGUUUUUUUUUCAUGUUGAUCUUAACAUUGCAGAUCACAGCAUUUCUUUUCUACAACAUAACACCCUAAAGUACAGUGAAAUGCAGAUUUCUCUUCCUCAAACACCACCAGUGUGGUUUUCUCCAGCAGGGGAUUGCACUUUUUUUUUUGUGCAGCCAAGGACUCCUUAAAAUGUCCACAGAGCACCUCUGAUUUAUUUUUUUGAACAUAAUCCAUUUCAAUAUUAGGCUUAUUAUUAAUAAUGUUUUAUAUUUGGCUACUUAUUGGAGCUGUAGAACACGUUGUUAAAAUUGCUAUUAGAUUGAUGUUAUUGAUAAGCAGACUAGAUUUUUUGUUUGUGAGGUUUGGAUUAAAUAAUGUUCAGUUCACAGACCAGUUAAACAAGCGGAUUAUUAUAAGAACUCAAUAAAUCAUAUGCUGUUGAUAACAUGGGUUGGGCCCGUGGUUUCACUGAGACAAGCUCCAGCGUUGGUUUAGAAAGUCAGUAAGGCUUAUUUUGGUGUGUGUGUGUGUGAUAUAGAGAGAGAGAGAGCUAUUCUGAGCCACAGAGAGAUGCAUAGGUGUUUAAAUAACUUUAUAUUUACAAUUUUUAAUUACACACUGUUAGAAUUGAUCAGUGAACACAUUGAAAAUUUCAUGUGCUGUACAAGACUUUUAUUACUGAACGAUUUGUAAUUAACAAUGGGUUCUAAUUUAUGUUCUGGAAGGAGUUCGUGAUGAUUAUGUAUAGUGCUGUGUGUGUGUGUUGGCCAUCUCAGAGAUGAGGUUCAGCUAUUUUACUCUCUUUUUACUAACAAACACUGAAUUAUGGAAGACAGAAACUGACUAUGGAUCAGUCCUGUUACUCAGAAACUAGUUGCUUUGUCCCAAAUACUAGAAAGUCUAUGCUUAGUGUCCUUACUAACAGAUCAACUAUUUUAAGAAUGCUACAAUUCAUAGAAGCCAUUCCCAUAAAGCAUUGCAGGCAAACAUCAGCCUUAGCACUGAGAAAUAAUUGAGAAUAGUGAGUUGAUUUACACAAUGUGCAAUAGGUCAGGAAAUAAAGUGUAAAAAUGAAGCUACAGUAUCAGCAGCAUGUUUAGUGGCCCUCUGUGUUCCGGGUCCAAUUGAACCAAAUAUGAUGACGUGUCAACGUCUCAAACAUGUUCUUGUACACUGUUGUAAAACAUUUCAGG